CCGAGACCAGUAAAAGUACAUCUACUAUUCGGUCAACCUUUUCGACUGAGGAGAUACAAGAUAUAAGCACACAAAAUAAACUGAUGACCACUCAACCAAGUUAUGAGCUGACCAGUGACACUCCACCUACCAUUUCGCAAACUUGGUCGACUAGUGAGAUGCAAGAUACAAGCACUCAAAAGAAACAGAUGACAACUCAGCCACCUUCUGAGAUGACAGGUGGUCACAGUACAAGCACAGAGCUACGUCGUAGUACGAGGGAUAAUCUUGCAUCAACACCCAUUGCCACAACCUUCUCCUCCACCCUCCAGCCAAAUAGUCACAGUUCUUAUUUUGGUGCUGUAGUUGGUGAAGGUGUUGUCAUCAUACUUUUGAGUGUACUCCUCAUGGUCUCGGUAAUAUACAUCAUUCGAAUCCGAAAGAUGAUGAAAGACUCUAACAAGGAUCAGAGGACACAACAUGUAGAUUUGGUGCAAUCAUCAAAUUCGCCUGAAAAAGACACAGGUUUUUAUCAUGAUAUUCAGGAUGUCAUGAUAUCGGAUCCAUCGGCAACAUCUGAUGGCGAUGCUCACUACUCGUCUCAGAUAUACGAACAGAAACGUGCCAAUGUAUUGGAUCCUGACGACACCAGUGCACCACACCACUCCUAUAUGAUCUAAGGAAGGAAUACAUA